GCUCCCGCCUUCGCUGGCUUCCGGUCGUCGUCGUCGCCGCUGCUGCCGCUGCUCCUGCUUCUGAGGCGCCUGGCGGAGGCCGGAGGAUCGGGCGGCGGCGGCGGCGGCGGCUGAGAGGGCGGCGGCGGGAGCGGAGCAGCACGAGGGAGUGAGAGAAAGCGAGCGAGUAGCGAACGGAGCGCGCCCAGCUGUGCCCGCCCUUCCGCCCGUCCGAGGAGCCAGAGAAGUCCGGGCCCCCAGCCGCCGCCGCCGCCGCCGCCCGCCUGCCCGCCGCCGGACAAAGCCCGAGCCCGCGCCAGAGCCAUGUCCUCGUCCGCUGGCAGCGGCCACCAGCCCAGCCAGAGCCGCGCCAUCCCCACCCGCACCGUGCCCAUCAGCGACGCCGCGCAGCUACCUCAUGACUAUUGCACCACCCCGGGGGGGACGCUCUUCUCCACCACGCCGGGAGGAACCCGAAUCAUUUAUGAUCGGAAGUUUCUGUUGGAUCGGCGCAAUUCUCCCAUGGCUCAGACCCCACCCUGCCAUUUGCCCAAUAUCCCAGGAGUCACCAGCCCUGGCACCUUAAUUGAAGACUCUAAAGUAGAAGUAAAUAAUUUGAACAACUUGAACAAUCAUGACAGGAAGCAUGCAGUUGGGGAUGACGCUCAGUUUGAGAUGGACAUCUGACUGUCCCGGCAAGGAUCAGAAGAACAGCAGCAACUGAUUCCUGUGUGUACCUGAUUUGGCCAUUAGGAUCAAUGAAGACAAGAUAGAAGAGGCAGUCCCAGUAGUCCCCAUUGCAGUCUCCACCUCCUCCUUCCUCUUGUGCCAAAUGAUGCGAAGAUGAGCUUCAGCUGACCAUUUCCUGUUACCAGUUUAGAUUUAAGGUUGUUUGCAUUUUUCUGUCUACAGCCCACAGAGGAAAAACAGUUAAAAUCUAGCUUCCUUUCCAUUUUACUAUUAAGAAAACAUCACCCCUCUUUCCAACACUCCCCUUCCCCCUGUUUUUAUUUUUUUAAUCCCAAAUCAGAUAUCAGCCUACCAACAAUUGCUUGGCUGCGUAAUCUGGGGAAGUGAUUACUGGGGAAGAGGUCUGGUGGGUUCAGCAUUAUUUAUGUUCUAAUCUGGGGAAGUGAUUACUGGGGAAGAGGUCUAGUGGGUUCAGCAUUAUUUAUGUUCUUAUUGUCAUCGCUCUGUCUCCCACCCAUCGUUCAGUACUACAAGAAUCUGGGCUUGGUGUCUUCAGAGGGAAAUGACAGACAAGAGCUUCUCUCCUUUUACCUUGAAGUGUUUGUUCUUGGGGACAGAGCGCUGUUUGUACAACUCUGGUAACAUUACCCUGUGACAGUUUUGAGGUGCGUUUCCUCUUCUCCCAUUCCUCCCUGCUUGCAUCUUGUUGCUCGUAGUCCUCCCGUACUCUGAACUAUCCAGGUGAUUUUCACUUGCUCCCAGAGCAGGUCCAUACUAAAUAAUGGACACUGAUGAGGCCUGAUCAUAGUAUUCUGCCAGAUAACCUCAGAAUGACCUCAGAAGAACGCUGAGCCAUUUGCAUACCCAGUCUCAGUUCUCAUUGUUUUCCAGUCCAGUGGGCAUCAUGAUAUCUUUUAUCUCUGAUUGUCAUUUCUUAUAUUUUGAGCUUAAAGUUGACUUUUGGAAUGUUCUUAGAAAAGAACUAAACUUUUUUCCUUUGUGGACCUGCUUUGGCUGCUAAGAUAGAAAAACAUGGGCUUAAAAAUGUGUUUUCUUGGCUUCCCCAUCAUACUCUGAAUUUUCUCUUUUUUUCCCCUCCCUCUUCUCUCCUUUUUUCUCUGCCAGGCCAUUUUUCAAAGAUACAUCAAAGAUACCUCAAGUAUUGGUAUCUGAUACCUGUCACUCCGCUUGUCUGAGGAGUGACCUUUUAUUUUUAAGAUGAUUACAGACCUAUUUUUAGAUAUGUUUUCAGUACAGUUUUGAACAGCAACUUUUUAAUUACACAUCUUCCAGUAUUAGGAAGGUGAGAAAUGUUCAUAGGCAAGUCGGCUGUUCCAUGUCACCAUCCUUUGUCUCCCCUGGUCCCUUACGAGCUCUUGUACCCCACCCCACCCCAGUUUUGGGUGUGCAUGUUUGGAGUUUAUAGUGGGUGGUUUGUAAAACUGGACCCCACCCCACCCCAGUUUUGGGUGUGCAUGUUUGGAGUUUAUAGUGGGUGGUUUGUAAAACUGGACCCCACCCCACCCCAGUUUUGGGUGUGCAUGUUUGGAGUUUAUAGUGGGUGGUUUGUAAAACUGGACCAUUCUGCCUUGCCAUGGGUUGUUCAUGAAAGCCACAUUCUUUUUUUCCCUUACUGUUUGCUUUUUCAUUUCCCUUCUCCCCUUUCUGCUCUCCUGACUAUUGACUGGCACAAUAAUCCUGAGAAGUGACUUCCCUCAUAGAAAGACUAAUGCCUCCAUCCCCUCGUAGAAAGACAAAGUAGCUACUGGUGUCCUGGGAAUUUUGGUUGCAUUUGGUGCCCUGAACCCUCUUACUAAGAGAUCAGAUCCCAGGGUGAGAGUAACAGGCCAAUUGGCUAAGAAAGAAAGCUGUUUUUUUUUGAACUGUGAAAAGACCUUGUUUGCUAAUGCAUUUUAGGCAGAAGAGAGGAAGGGUGUCUGAGGAACUCUGUUCUGUUUUCUGCUAAAAAAUGUGAGUAGUUCAAAGAAUAAAACCUUUCGUGAUGUUUGAUGUCUCAGGAAUAAGCUGGAUCUCCAAAGUUUUGGGGAUGCUUUCACUCUCAAAAGUUGAUGAUCAGAAAAGUGGUAUUUUUUUUUGUUGUUAAACGUGCCCUUGUUCUGAUUUUAAUUAAACUCCAAUUUUGCUUUACAUACUCUUGGAAAAACUUGGAAGAUGCACUGUAAUUUGCAUGAGAAGCCUACUCAGGACCUCUUUGUCCUCUGGGAGCUUGAUUCUUUGGGAAUGACGCUUUCCAUUCUUCAUACCCGGGGCUUGGCAUUCUGUGGACUCUGACUCCAGCUACAGCUGGUCAGUCUGUCACUGAGCAGAAGGGCGCCCCUUCUUGAUUUUUAUUGCCACCCAUGAAAACUUGGCUUUCUUAAUGGUGGGGAGUGGAUUUAAAACACACCAGUGUGAUAUCAAGAAGCCUCCCCCUUUUUGCUAUCUUGGGGAAUCUCUUCAUGUGGCCCUCUAGUUAGAAACCACGUUUCUAAGCAUUUCUUGGGAGUGUCACCUGUAUAAUACAGAAGCUGACCAAUCCCUUAGCCUUCUCUGCAGGGACUUCUGUACUGCUUGGCAUAGUUUUCUCCUAGAGGCCACUGCUGCUAGUGUUACCUUGGUCUCCAUAAAAUGGGCAUUUUAAAGAUCAUUUCAUAAGGCAACAGAUAGACUUCCAACAGAUGACACUUUAUGCCAAGCUUCAUGGGACAAGCCAGAACCCAGUAGGUUUACUUCUGGAUGUUUGGAAGGCACCUCACAAAUGAAACCCUAAAUGAAUAAUUUAUCCCAGCUUUUUCUUGGUGAGAGGACACCCUUAGGGUACCAUUUGAGUGAGAUAGUUCUUAAAAUCUUGGUAAUCAUUUGUAUAUUUCUUUUCAUGAGGAAACCAUGUUACUCUGGGGACAGUCCACCUUAAUGAAAAAUUCCAGCAGGAGACCUGCAUUGUCAUGGUUCUGCCUUCUUUACAGCAUCGUUCAUUGAGUUCACGACUUCCUCAUAUUCUGAUUAAAUAGCUAUAGCUUUCUCAAGACCAGUGUAGAGAAGCUGGCAUCUAGGUAUUGGGCUGCUAGGCCAAAAGUUUUAUCCAUUUAUCUGCAUUAGUUAUCACUGUGUAACAAAUUACCACAAACUUAAAAGAGCAAAUAUUGUCAUUCAGCUUCUGUGUGUUAGGAACUGGGAAGCAGCUGAGCAUGGUGGUUUUGGCAUAGAAUCUCAGGAAGUUGUAGUCAUCUGGAGCUGGAGAAUUCACUUCUGAGCUCUUUGUGACUGUUGGCAGCAUGCCUCAGUUUCUCCCUGUGUGGGUCUCUCUGUAGGGCAGCACAAGUGACUUCACACCAUGGCUGCUGGCUGGGCUCUCCCUGUGUGAGUGACCCCAGAGAGAGGGCAGGGAGGAAUCUGCAGUGCCUUUUAUGAUGGUCUCUGAAAGCACACUACCACUCACUCCUUAUUCUCUUCCUUAGAACCAAGCCGCUAACCCCAGCCUACACUCUGGGUGCAGGGAAUUAAACCCCACCCACUGAAUGAAGCAGUAUCAAAGCAUUUGUGGAUAGGUCUUAAGACCACCUCACUCCUAACAGAAGAUUAAGCCAGGUUAACAGGGGGGCGAAGAUUAAACUGGAUGAUAUGCUGAGAGCUAUGUUGCUACUGAGAACAUUUCAUUAAAGCAUUCAUCACCAAACUAGAAUAGAAGAUAGACUUUCCCCAAAGCCACCUGUUGCUUUGAAAAGAGUGUGAGAAAUCGCAAUUUCCAGAUGAAUAUCCAUACAUUUGCCUGACUACCAGCAGCCCAAGAAUGCUUCUUUGCAAGUCCUCGGCUUGGUGUCUCUAAGACUCAGCACCACUUACUUGCAUCUCCCUUAUCCAGGAAUUGGCAAACGGAGUUGGAUUCUUCUAGCUGAAUCACUAAAGCUGACUUUAUUGGAGUUGGGGUUGUCAAGCAAAGGGAACAAAUGUGAAUUAGAUGUUGGGUUAGUGAGCUAAGGAAAAGCUGAUAGUUCAGAUUCGGGUGAAAUAGAUGAUACCAUUUGGAAGCCAGGUGCCCACCAGAGUUCUGCGUGGCACCUGGUCUCUCCAGUCACACCAGCUGAAACAGAUCUAGGUCAGGUCUUUCACCCAAGAAGCCACUUCUAAUGAAGUAGGAAACAUCUGGGAAUUAGAAACAUCUAUCAGUACCUGUUUGUUCCUUUAAAUCCAGUCUGCAGGUUAACUCUGCAUGCCUGCCUUGUCCUGGAAUUCCAGUUGGAAAUGUGAUCUUAAAGGGGACGAGCCCUGUCUUUACCCUCAAGAGAAACUUAUAUGAGGCUUAUGAGUUCAACACAUCCUUAAUGAAUGUCUGCUGUGUUUCUGGCACCCAUGUCUAAGGUUUUAGAGAUUUCAGACACCUUAAAGAUGCAAAUUCUCAUUUGGAUAUAAGCUCUGCCUCUUCCCAGCAUUUUCUUAAUCUGUUGCCCUGCUUACUUUAGAGUAUAUUUGAGUAAGAAGCACUGCUGCUGGGGCAGCUUUAAGGAAAAGGUACUUCUUCCAGAAGCAAGGAACUCACCUUUAAAGCAUCUUCAGAUGAAUUUUGUGUUUUGCUUGUGAUUUGGAGGUAAAGUCAAAACAGAUGGACUUCUAUUUUUUGCUGUUUGGGUUACCAGCUCUUUUGGACUCACAGACCUUACCUUCCCAGUUUAAACAUUUCCGUUAGGAUGCAUCCUGUGUGGGUUUCACCCUCAGAGUCUAUCAUUCAGCCAGUACAUAAUACGUGCCUGCUUUAAAUCAAGGCGAAUUGUGUAAGGGGCUCUUCAUGUGGGCAAUAUCCCAGAAACAGACUUUUUCCAUUCUCCCCAUCUUGGAUACUCAAUGGGGUGUCAAGCAUCAUGGCUGCUUGAAGCCAGGAUCUUUAGCAUUCCCUGGUAGAGGAGGCCAGCUGCCUCUGAGUCAGAAAUCCCCUAUUUGGCAUGUUUCCGAACUUCGUGUAUAUGGGCAGCUAUUUAUUAAUCUGCGAAACCCAAUCACUUACCUACCUGUGACAUCAGGGAGGGGGCAGUGUUUGUUUUAAAGAAGCAUUAUUGGAGGGCAUUUCUGCCUGGACUUUGAAGGGGGGAUGGUCCCCGUCCUCCUCUCCCCAAGUUCUUUACCUCUCAACUUCUAAUAAAAGAUGAAAUCAGACCUUGAGGCAGUUGGGUCACAGUUCUUUUUGAAUACUUAUGCCCAGGGGCAGUCCUGUUCUAGUGAUGAUUUUCGAGUUUAGUAUUGGAGUUUCCUUGAGGAUAGCUCACAGAAAUUUCUUACUGAAGACUCUAAGGGUGAUUGAUACAUACUUAUUUUUUCGAACAGUCUAUCAUGUCACCUUUCUCACCCUCUGGGAUUUAAAUUUCUUCCUCUGGGCUAGUCCUAGAUGUUGAUACCUUUUGGCAAAGCUUAGAUUCAGAAAUCUUUCAAGUCACUGUUCCAAUUGUCCGAUUAUCUGUGGUUUCUCUUUAAUCUCUGCCUGAAGCCCUGGCAGAACAUACUGGAUGCCCCGGAUGCUGAAUGCCAAAUAUUACUGAGAUGAAACACAUUUCCUGGGGUAUUUAAACUCUUACUCUGCUACCUUUCUAAGAGUUGUAGGCUAACAGAGAGAUGCCCAAAGCUUGAUAAUCAUUUAGCCAUGUUGAAAUUCCCCAAGGAAACUCUUGUUGGUGCUUAAGACCAGAAUUCCUGGACACUUCAAACUUGAUAAUUCCAUGUGUCUAGCACAGAAUAGCCAUUCUUGCUCCAAGGUGUACCCCCUUCCUCUCCAUCUUAAUCUUUAAAAAACCAAGUCCAAGCCAAGGGUAAUUUUUACUUGAACCAGGGGACUGGGGGAGGAACGAUGCAGAGAUAGGGGGCAAGUUGUGCAGGUGAUACAUCUUGCUCCUGGUGUCUGUAAGCCAUGUCACUGAGUCCUGUGAGCCAGUGCCUUUCCUUCACCUGAAGACGGAGCCCAUCACUUUGCACCUCACAGCCUCUGCUACCCCAGGGGUGAACUUUUAAAGAAGUGUGUUGGAGAGCCCAGAGGAUACAUAUUCAGGUGUCCAUUUUAAACAUCUUUUAAAUAUUUAUAUAUUCAAAAUAUGCCCUUCCCUGUCUUAGUAGCCCAGUUCCACCCACUCUGAAUGGAAAAGCGGAGACUGCCAGUAGUUGGUCUUCCCUUCGUUUCCCUCCAUGCGGUCAUCUCCUUGCCCCUCCCAUCCAUUCCACUGCAGGGGGUGGAUAGCAAAGGGCACCAUGCAGUCCUCAGGCAGUCUUGUGUGAUUCUGUGAUUCAUCUAUUUUUUAACUGUCCUUCCAAACCAAGCAGGUUUGGAAAUAAGGGAAAAAAUUAAAUUUUCACCAAUGGUUGCUGUUACAGUUAAAUCAAUAAAGAUCUUGAGUAUCA